GACUAAAACCUAUUAAAUUGGUUGUGGGCCAAACUAGUUGCUCUGCUCUGCAUUCUUGAGCAGGAUAGAAGCCUGCCAUACCCAUAUAUGAAAUUCAAGUGCUUCUCUCUCAUCCCCGUAGUAUUUCAAUUUCAAUUUGCUUCUUCUUUUGAUCUUUUCUAAACUUCCUUUGCCUUUUAGCCAUGAGAGAAGCUGCAGCAGGGCAACUAUCACUUGCAGUUGAGGAGACUGAAGAGGCAAACCCAACUGAAAAUACAACACCUCAUCGGAAAGAUAUUCAUUGGUGGAUUCGAAUAUGUAUGUAUAUCGUCUUUGUCCUGGCCGGACAGGUGGUGGGAACACUAUUGGGGAGACAGUACUUCGACAAAGGAGGAAAGAGCAAGUGGUUGGCAACUCUAGUGCAGCUCGCCGCUUUCCCAAUUCUUAUCCCCUUCUACUUCUUCUCACCGACACCGCUCAGAAACCCCACCAAAACAAGCAACAAUAUUAUCAACACAAAACCACCACCGGUAACCAGGCUUGCGGCAGUUUAUGUCUCCCUCGGCCUGCUUGUGGCGGUGGAGUGCUACUUGUACUCAGUUGGGUUGCAGUAUCUUCCCGUGUCUACCUAUUCCCUCAUCUGUGCAUCCCAGUUAGCAUUCAAUGCCCUGUUCUCGUAUUUCCUCAAUUCCCAGAAAUUCACUCCUCUCAUAGUGAACUCUCUCGUCCUCCUCACCCUCUCCUCUACCUUACUCGUGUGGACUGGGAACUCUUCAAGCACCGGUAGCAAAAUUUCCAGAGGAAAAUACAUUAUCGGCUUCUUAUCUACCGUGGGGGCAUCGGCUGGGUUUGGCUUGGUUCUCUCCCUAACCCAACUCUCCUUCCAGAAGGUCAUCAAAAAGCAGACUUUCACGGCAGUGAUGGAUAUGAUAAUCUACCAGUCAACGGUGGCGACGGCUGCCAUUUUAGUGGGGUUUUUUGCCAGCGGCGAGUGGAAGGGAUUGAAAGGAGAGAUGAAAGGGUAUGAAUUGGGGGGAGUAUCAUAUGUUAUGACUUUAGUGUGGACGAGUGUUUCGUGGCAAAUAUUUGCAAUUGGGGCGGUGGGGUUGAUAUUUGAAGUGUCGUCUUUGUUCUCCAAUGCCAUAAGUGCGAUGGGACUUCCAGUGGUUCCGGUGUUGGCUGUCAUCUUCUUCCACGAGAAGAUAGAUGGCAUAAAAGUGAUUGCUCUUAUCUUGGCCAUUUGGGGAUUUGUUUCAUACAUAUAUCAACACUAUCUCGAUGAUGCUCAAGAGUCCGAAAAUCAGAAGGAAGUUGAAUUGAAGAAAUGAAAUCAUUGUUACUCGGUUGCAACUAUUUCUUCUUUCUGCUCUUAAAAAAACCCCAUAGGAGAUGAUAAUUUUUACUAUUAUUGCGUAUUUUCAUUAAUGUUUUGGGAUUAAUCAACAUCAAUUUCACUAAGCUCUUUUCAUCCCUUUUUAGCUGUUUUCAUUAGAAAUUAAACUUUGUCCUUGAGG